CAGAGCCAAUAGAAAUCCCAGACUGUGAUAAUAUCCCCGUGCAGCGCCGAGAGAGGAGCCACAGCUGAGUCUGCGGCUGGGUUCCCGGUGCAGGCCCUGCCGCCGACCGCCCGGGGCUGCUGCACACGCCAGCGCGCGGCGCUUCUGCGCUUCUGCGCUUCUGCGCUUCUGCUGGGGUCCGGCUGUCGCGGACUGUAGCGCCCAGAGAAAGAGGGACGGGGAGAGACAGAGAGAAGGGACCCGAGGAGGCGGCUUCCAUCACGUCAUUGCAGGAUGCUCUGGAAGCUUUCCCUGUCCCUGCUCCUGGUGGCCGCGCUCGUAAAAGCGGGGGACGCCAGGAAGAACCGGCCGGCGGGAGCCAUCCCCUCGCCCUACAAGGACGGCAGCAGCAACAACUCGGAGCGAUGGCAGCACCAAAUCAAGGAGGUGCUGGCCUCCAGCCAGGAGGCCCUGGUGGUCACCGAGCGCAAGUACCUGAAGAGUGACUGGUGCAAGACGCAGCCGCUGCGGCAGACGGUGAGCGAGGAGGGCUGUCGCAGCCGCACGGUCCUCAACCGCUUCUGCUACGGCCAGUGCAACUCCUUCUACAUCCCGCGCCACGUGAGGAAGGAGGAGGAGUCCUUCCAGUCCUGCGCCUUCUGCAAGCCCCAGCGUGUCACCUCGGUCCUCGUGGAGCUCGAGUGUCCUGGGCUGGACCCUCCCUUCCGACUCAAAAAAAUCCAGAAGGUCAAGCAGUGCAGGUGCAUGUCCGUGAACCUGAGCGACUCGGACAAGCACUGAGCGCCCCGGCCCGGACGCAGCUCUGCACUGCGCACCUGUCUGCUGGGUCGCGCUGCCGCCGCCUUUGUCCCUGUCCUCAGAACUCACUCACGCUGCCUGGUGGACCCUCUCAGCAGCAAGCACGUUUCUUGGGGCUGAUGGUGUCCUUGGCAUGAGCGCGGGCCGCAACUGGAGCUUUGCUGAUGUGUUCUCGAUCGACCCUGGGCCGACUGUGCGCCUCCCAAACCAGGCUGUUUCAGGCCCGAAGGCAGAUGCUAGAAAACCACCACCCAGCCGUAGGAGAGGCACGGAUGUUUCCACCAUGUGGAAAGGGGAGUAUUUCCCUGGCCUUGCCCUACACUCCAGCUGCCCACUGCCUCCCUGAAGUGAAGGAUGCGGAGCAGCCCCGUCAACCUCUGCUGCUGGUCCCUGGUCCCCGCCCCGUCCCCCUGGCUGGGAGCUUUACUUAGUGAUUGUAGGGCUGUCUUCUUGCUGCCGAGCUGCGAAUCCGGAGAAGGGCGGUCAGGAAGCUGCCCGCGGACAGGGGGCUCUCUUAACCUGGUACCAAGAAGACGACUUGAGCCACUUAAGUGGCAAAACAGGCUUCCCCGGGGACCUAGCUGACAGCGGGCCACGCUCUCCCCACCCCCAGCCGCCACCACCUUCCUCACUCCCCCCCACCCCCUUCUACAGACUAAAGACGAACUCUGGUGUGCAUGCUAUUAUCGCUGCAAUUAGAAUAUUAUUACACACAAAGGUUUCCAUAUUAACGCUGGUUUUAUAAUUGACCUAUAUUGUAAAGAGCUGUUAAAAAGUAUUAUAGACCUAUCCUUGUAUUGUGUCACGGGUUUUGACUCUGGCUUUGCAGUAGCAUCCUGAGUAUGGACCAGAGCAGAGGAUGACCUGCCCAGAAGGUGUUUGACUCAGAAGCAAUGUCUGGCCGCCAUUCGCUGCCAGGAGCCCAUUCUAAGAGAAUGAAGGGGGGGGGUUGUGAUUUCACGUUGAAUAGUAUUUCACUGAAGCUAGUAAGUGCCUAGCUGUGAAGCUAGUAAGGCAUCACAGCACAAGGUAGGAACUGUGUUGGGAUGGAUGGGUGCCGGGAAGUAGAUCCACGGGGAAGAUUUUAACCUGCAACUCAAAUGCCCCUAUCAUAUUUAAUAUACACAUGUGAAAUGAGAAGCUAUACUAUUUCACUGCCAUGGCACUAAGCAAAAGCAAUUUCCUGUUGAAAUAGAGAAAUAUUCAAAAAUAUAAAGAGCCAGGUCACUUUGUGGUAGAAGAGGAAAUAAAGGAGACAAUAUAUCAAACAGAAAUCUAGUUGAACUGUCCUACAGAAAGCAACCAGCUUCCUUUUCAAAGAAUGAACUAAAAAAAAAAAAAAAAGAUGGGCACCAUUAGGUCAGCUUUCAUUUUUAUAAUAAAUUGUUGAGGUUUUCACAUUGUGGUCUCUUGAUAGAGGGAAGCUGACAUAAUCCAAUUUCCUGCAAAAUUAUUCUUACUUUGCUAAAUUGCCCCACAGAAAGGUUCACUGUGAGUGAUGUGUAUGGCAUCUGAUGAAUGUGAAUGAGAGUCCGAUCUGAUUGGUGGGAAUGAACACACUGGGAGGAGUUUUCACUGAUGAUUCCCAAACACUCAAUCUUAAGUGCUCUCUGUCCAGGGGGCUCAGGAAGGCCUGAUUUCCGGGGAGUUGGGAAACCUUCUACAGGCUUCUCUGGGAACUGACAUUAGGCAGUGAUGAAGGCUCUAGAGACGUCCACCAAGGGAGCAAGGAGGCAGGUAGGUUGUGGCGUGUCGGGGAAUCCAUUUACAACCCUCGUGCUGCAGGUUUCAUUUCUGUCGCACCUGUGACGCCAUGAGACCUGAGCAGAACGUGCAGUUGUAAUGGAGGCCUUGGCUUCAGUAAUAGGCAUGGACGGCCGUAAGUCAGGAAACUUGCAUUUCGUGGAAAACCUCAAGUCAGACUCAGGCAGAACGUGCAGCCCCAAAGCUGUGAGGGAGGGAGGUCCACGUGAUUGUGAGGGAGGUCAGUGGAGAGGCGUCUCCGGGCCGACUGCAAAGCCAGCCCCUGUUAUUGUAUGAACACAGAACCCAGAUAGGCGAAGGACGGCGCUACGAAACUUACAGAAUACAGACAUGAGCUCAUUCCUUGAACCCAGUCUUGGGUAGAGCGACAGAAGCAAUAUGAUAUGCUGCACGGGAAGCUCCUUCUGGGGUUCUUGUAUGUACGUUUACCUUAUAAUGGCUCAAAUUGUAUUUAAUUGUUUUGUGUGUGUUUAUAAAUGAAGAAAAGCUAUAAGUAUAAUGUAAUUAUUUUAUAGGUGUACUAUUAAAUUAUAGAACAAAUAAAGCUACUCUAGGAUUAUACGUGAUCCUGGUGUGACGUGCCAUGAAAGUGAAAUUUGAACUUGACCCAGUGGGCAGGGCGGGAACACUGUGCGUUACAAGGCCUUUUGUCCAGACAUGGUGCGUUGAACCCCUAGCCUACAGGAUACAAUGGAUCACCUUUGGGGUCUGGCAUCUUCAAAGAGAAUCAACAGCAGGCAUCCCAGGAAAGGGCAGAAGUGGGGGGCAUAGCUCUCAUCCCUGGUCUUGGGGCGUUUCCAAGAUUCUUCCAGAUUCCUAACAGUUGAAGACAGAAUUCUUAACUAAUCUCUCACUGUGUUCUCUGAGUAAGGAACGCUGCGUGGGGAGUAAGACACUGCAGUGAGCAGGAGCCUGCGGCAAACCUUGCCUCCCCACCAGCAGCCAGUGCCCCGCCCUCGUCUCUUCCACAAGGCAGAACUUCCCUGAGUUUCGUACAUUUUCACCAGUUGGGGCAUUUCUUAAUUUAAAUACUUCUUAGUUUCAUGGUGUCUCAGUUUUUCCUUUCAACGAAUUCACUUACCUGCCAUUCAAGAAACGC